AGGCACCCAUACAUGGCUCAGUCAGCACGGGCCACCUUUCGAGAGCCACCUGCACGAUUUCCUCCAAGUCGGAGGGGACACGUUUCCCGGCACUAUCAGCAACAUGUCGAGUGUAGAGAACCUUGCGUUUUCUGCGGCCGAAUGCAAAUAACGGUGCGAAAAUUCAUUCGGCAUCAGGAACAACAUGCCGACGAGCAGGAUACAUUGAAAAUGUAUUACGCGAAAGCCAUGGUGAACCGGUUAACGUCCAAAAGCCAGAAAGCCUACCGUGCAAGCCGGCAGACGCUACCAAACGACGUCUCCAACGGGCGCGCUGGACCCUCCCAGGCGAGCCUUCCACUCGAGGUCUCUGAAACGAUGUCUCCCUCAGCGCCAUUCGGGGACGAUCCAGUGUUCUAUGGUGCUGGGAUGUUCAAUAUCGACAACUGCUUGAACUUUAACGCAGGGGCAUCUGGCCCCAACCCGAUGCCAGCAAUGAGCCAUGAAGCAAUUUCGGACUUGGCUCCCCACAACUCGGCAGUGCCUACCAGCCAGGACGCUACGAGAACGCUCAGUUUGGGGCCCUUCCCAUCUCACCCUCCGUGCCAAUCAUCUUCAAUCACAGAUCAACCCACAUCGGAAAUGACGCAGGUAGGGAGUUGGAGGACGUGCUUCAACUCUAUCAUUCAGCGUACGGAGGCAGACCAACAAGGGAAUACGUCAGGGCAACAUCAGCCUCAAGUACAACGACAGCAGCCACAAUGGCAACAACCACCAUUCACAUUAUAUCCUAUCAGUAACCCACGAAUGGUUCCCGAUGUCGUGCAAUUUUGUAUUUUCAGCAAAUGGAAAGAUGUAUCGUAUUCCUACAAAACACAAUGGGCGGGGAUCGAUUCUCUCCCUCGGCAGUAUGAUAGGAUAUUAGGUCUAUUCCAUUUUUCUCGCGGGCCAACCCUCCGUGUCCACGCCGAGUUCUUCUAUCCCACCGCGACAGAGUACAAGAGGAUCUGGGGCAAGACCUACAACGGCUGGGUAUGCUUGGAGGGACCGGCCGCGAGGUUACGGGGAUGCCAACAUCUCCUUGAAUAUAUCCAACGGAAUUCCUCAGCUUGCAUACAAGAGAUGGAAGACAGCCUCAUGAUAAAGCUCUGGGACUUAGCAAGAACUGAAAGAUUCUCGCUUCUCUCAAAAGCAUUCCACUUAUGGACUGCAAAUCGCCUUCUGAUGAAGGGAUGGCAAUGCUACCAAACGCCACUUGUAGAAGACUUUGAUCACCCUUACUUCGACCAACGCCCUGCUCCCAGGGUUUUGCAAAAUCAACUGGAUCAGCAUUUGGAGGCUUAUGUGGCUGACCAAGAGAGAGGCAUAGUUGGUAGAAUCAAGAGCGCACUGUCCGACUUUGACAAAGAUAGAACCGAUGGAUUUUUUGCCACUCUUGUUCUUCUCUCGGUCCUCGAGAAGGAUAGCUGGAGGCUGAUUUACUGGGUUAAAUAUUUUAGUCCUACUUAUCAAUGGCGCCAUCCACUUACACCAGAGCAGCUGAUCGACAGGAGUGUUAAUUACGCGCGACUCCUACUAGCUCAGCUCAGAAACAACAGAUCGACUCCACCUGAGCUGGCGGGCUUGUGUGAUCUAGGUUAGUCGGAACCAACCGUAGCGUUCAUGACUAACGCUCGGGAAGAUCCGAGUACCCACUCUGCUUUUUCCUAUGAUGCAACUAAUGAUCGAAGUCUUGAUCGUCGUUUGGUUAUGUACGCUUUCAUGAAAACAGACGCUGUGGAGGAUUUAACUCUCAGGCAAAUUCUCGCAUGUUGAGGGAGCAGGGCGACACGCACGAAUACCGCGUUGAUAGUAACCAAAACACCACAAUUUUACAUGCAAAAUUUGUCAA